CUUUCGUACAUCGCCAUGAGCUGGUUGAAAGUUUCGCCCUGGUACAUCUUGAACUAAAAAGAACACGAUAUCCAAUUUAUAUGAAAAGAGUUAAAAACCUUGACCUUUAAAGAUGGCGGCAAAAUGAAACAUUGGAGGAGUACCAACACAAAACACACCUGUUUCCGUCAUUUUACGUACCUUAUGCCUUGUUCUUGUGUUUGAAAAAUAAACAUCUUUUGACUUUGGGGUAUUCUAUCUGGAUUUGGGAUAUUGAGUUUAUGAAACGCAUUUUCAAUAUCUUCUUUCGUCGGAAUGCUGUACGAUCUGUGUCAACCACAAUUGAAAUGGUACGCAUCCUUAAUGUCGCAGAAAAAAAUGAUGCAGCCAAGUCGAUCGCUGAUGUCAUGUCUCGUGGUCAUUAUAGAAAGAGAGAAGGUUUCUCGAAAUUUAAUAAAAUAUAUGAAUUUGAGUCGUCUAUUUUGGACCACCAAAACUGUACAAUGACCUUUACUUCAGUAUCAGGACAUCUUCUUGCAUUGGAGUUUCCAAUACAGUAUCGCAAAUGGAUGUCUUGCAGUCCUGUAGAACUCUUUAAUGUGCCAGUGGAGAAGUACUGCCCCAAGGAUUAUGAAGACAUAAAGCGGACCUUGGAAAAUGAAAUAAGAGGCUGCCAGAAGCUUGUGAUCUGGACUGAUUGUGACCGAGAGGGUGAAAAUAUUGGAUUUGAAGUCAUCCAAGUGUGCCGUGCAGUAAAACCAAACAUUCAGGUGUAUCGAGCCAGGUUCUCAGAAAUUACACCGCACGCUAUCGCCAAUGCAGCUCGGAACCUGGUAAGGCCAGAUCAGCUUGUCAGUGAUGCUGUUGACGUCAGGAUAGAAUUGGAUCUUCGCAUAGGUGCAGCAUUUACCAGGUUCCAGACACUACGGCUGAAGAAAGUCUUUCCUGAGGCACUAGCUGAGCAGCUUAUCAGCUAUGGUAGUUGUCAGUUCCCUACAUUGGGUUUUGUGGUGGAACGUUACAAACAGGUGCAAGCUUUUGUUCCAGAACCUUUCUGGAAACUGAAAGUAACUCAUCUUUGUGAUGAUGUCAAGGCAGAAUUUGUGUGGAAAAGGAAUCGACUGUUUAAUCACUUGGCGUGUUUUGUAUUGUAUCAUCACUGUAUUGAGAAUCCUGUGGCGACAGUGGUAGAUGUAAACAGCAAGAGCAAAAAUAAAUGGCGCCCAGUUGCACUAGAUACUGUGGAAAUGGAGAAGCUGGUCUCACGCAAGCUUCAUAUCAAUGCCAAGGAGACCAUGCGUGUUGCCGAGAAACUGUACACACAAGGAUUUAUCUCCUACCCUCGCACUGAGACCAACAUUUUUCCAAAAGACCUUGAUCUUGUUCCUCUUGUUACAGAACAGGCACGUGAUCCAAACUGGGGAGAAUUUGCUCAACAAGUUUUGCAGCAAGGGCCUCAUCCUAGAAAUGGUAACAAGACGGACAAUGCUCAUCCUCCCAUACACCCUCUUAAGUACACCAAUCAACUCCAGGGCAAUGAGCAGCGUAUAUAUGAGUUCAUUGUGCGUCACUUCCUUGCCUGCUGUUCACAGGACGCUCAAGGCCAUGAGACAGUUGUGGAAAUAGAUGUUGCUGCAGAGCGUUUUAGUGCACAGGGACUGAUGAUCCUGGCUAAAAACUACCUGGAAGUGUAUCCCUAUGAAAGAUGGAAUGCCAAGGAAAUUCCCCUUUAUUGCAAAGGUGACAAGUUUGAUCCAUCCACCAUAGAGAUGGUUGCUGGUGAAACUUCGCCACCCUCAUUGUUGACAGAAGCUGACCUCAUUGCUUUGAUGGAAAAACAUGGCAUUGGUACUGACGCCACACAUGCUGAACACAUUGAGACCAUCAAAAGUCGUAUGUACGUUGGUCUGCGACCUGAUGGACGAUUUGUACCAGGACAUCUUGGCAUGGGACUAGUGGAAGGCUAUGACCAGAUGGGAUAUGAAAUGUCGAAGCCACAUCUUCGUGCAGAGCUGGAAGCAGACUUAAAGGCUAUUUCUGAAGGAAGAAAACAGAAGAAUGAUGUAUUGGUGCAGCAAGUGCAGAAGUACAAGGAUGUCUUCAUUGAGGCCUGUCGCCAGGCCCUGAAGCUAGAUGAAGCACUCUCUCAGUAUCUUGGGCAAGCACAGACCUAUACUCCACAUCCAGCCCCAACUGCCAGUGUUGUGAAGCCCUGUCCUCACUGUGGUCACAACCUAACUUUGAGAACAAAGAAAAAUGGUAAAGGCUAUUACAUUGGAUGCAGCAACUACCCUGAGUGUCGCCACGCACUCUGGUUACCAGACUUUGUUCUGGAGGCUGAUGUGGACUCUGAAAUCUGCCCAACAUGCCAACCAGGACCAGUCCACCUUCUCCGAUUCCGUUUUCGUCCUGGAAGUGUACCACCAACCAUUCCAAAUAACUUCACUGGGUGUGUUGGAGGCUGUGAUGAAAUGUUGUCAGAGACUCUUGGAAUCACGCGGUCUUUAGGUACUUACAACAGAGUCGCAGGAAAUACCAAUAACAGUGUCCACAGAGGAACUGGGUGUGGUACAGGCACACCCAAUGCAAGGUCUCUGUCAACCAUACCUAACCCCACUGUGUUUGCAACAUCACAAACACCACCUGCUGAUAGAAACAACCAGAGAGCUAGAGGGAACCCUGCAGGCCGCAUACCUCUUGGGUUAAUGGAUGCCAAUGCCCAGAACAGAGAAAGAGGACAGCAAGGAUCAGCUGCACGAUCUACUAUGGCUCCGGACUCCACCAUCGUCUGCAGCUGUGGACAUAACGCAAGACUUUUUACUGUGCGGAAAGAAGGUCCAAACACAGGUCGUCAGUUCUAUGGAUGUGGCAUGCCCCAGAAGGUCUGCACAUUUUUCCUUUGGGCAGACGAGCAAGAAACAGGCAGGCAAGGCCAUGCUGGCUCCAACAUAGCUCAGCUUAACAAUGUUCCGCCCACAUCCAUGCAGGCAGGAGAGGAAGUGCAGUGCAACUGUGGUCUUGCUGCUCGGAGGUUAACAGUCCAGAAGGAUGGUCCCAAUAAAGGCAAAGAAUUCUAUGGCUGUUCUAAACCUCGUGCAGAAGGCUGUGGCUUCUUCCAGUGGGCUUGCAACGUGCAAGGUGCUAACAAUAGAUUCACUGGAUCAAGCAGUUUCCCAGGGCAGGGAAGAGGACCAGGGACUGGAGGGUUAACUGGACAAAAAAGAAAGCUAAGUUCCACUUCAGAGGCUACCCCAGCUGCCAGGCGUCCAAGGCGUUGUGGAUUAUGUGGGGUGGAAGGACAUACAAAGAAGACGUGUCCACAUAAAGACAGCUAAGAAUCUUCAUUAUCUGUCGCUGGUUGAGGUUUGGAACAAGGAUGUGCUGUUCACAGAUUAUGAGUGAAAAGGCUCUAAGACUUUUAACAAAAAUAUUGCAAACUUUUCACAGAUGUAAACAGCGACAAACUGAACUUUUGCAUCAUUUCACUGGUCUGAGCAGUGGUGUGAAGUUUCAGUUAUUGAAAGAUUUUAUGGUUAGUUUUAAGUUAAAUAUAUUAUUUAAAGGUUGAUAUAAGGGUUUUUGUAUAAAAAUGCUCAUUAAAAUGUACAGCAUUGUCCUUAAAAA